CACACACACACGCACACACACACGGGCAGCGAAUGACGUAGAGCUCGCUCUGCGAAAAAAAAGCAACGAGGUUCUUAUGGCCGUUCCGCGAAACAGAAUAUAUUUACACUUGGGUGAAAGUUGUCUCAACUGUGUUUUCUACGAAAAAAUUCCCUUCACGGCACUAGUUUGGUAUUUAACAAGCAUUACAUAUUCAUCCGCUUGUACAUGAGUGUCAAGAGCACGUCAGUACCCGGAUGGACUGUCAUGGCCGCCGUCGCUGUGGAUCCAUAGAGGGGAGAGAAGGAAGGCAAAUGUUUGUACGGUGUGUUUUUUUGUACCGUAACCUCCUUUUCACCAUGUCGGACGUUGACGGGGACGCCACCUGAACUUCCAUCGAGUUCACAGUCCAGUGGCCAUACUGGGAGCUUCUGUUCUUCAGACCUGACAUGCAUGUCUGAGUUUGUACUAAAGGAGUACAGAUACCUUUAGAUUUACAACUAUGGAAGAAGAUCUCACAAUACUGAAUGAUUCUGCCAAAAACUGCAACAAAUCAGUAACUGGGGAUGAAAAGGUAAAAGACUUUGUGUUUAAGCAUUUCAGAGAAGUUGCGGAUGGAGCACUCUUCAAUAAUGCAGAAGACUCUUCCAUCAAGGAGCAUGGAAGUCCCAUCAGGAAAGAAAAAACUACUAUGAAUAGAGGCCAUUGUAAAAUACAGCAGGGGGCUGUUUUCUCUGGAAAAAUUCUCAGUUUUGGAUGCUCGGUGUGUAAAAAUGAUUGCCGAUACAGCCCCAAUGAUCUCCUUAAACAUUUUCGAGCGGCCCAUAAAGGAACCCUCCCUACAUACCCUUGUGACCUGUGCGGUUUUGUCACCAACGAGUUCCCUGCUCUUCAACGCCAUCGGAUUGAGCACCGGAAUACUCUUGUCACAUGCGAGCUCUGCGACAAUGAUGUGCAGUACUCUCUGCUAUUGCUUACCAGACAUUACAUCAUGUGUCACAGUCUAAAUGGACAGUUUACCUGUGACUGGUGUGACUUUACAACUGUGGAUGCAGGUACAUUCGUCCAACACAUACAUCAUCAUAAUGAGAGUCCUUGGAAGUGUUCCAAAUGUAGACACAUCAGCCUGAACGAGGAGGAUCACAACAAGCACAUGAAAGCUCACUCGGGUACAUUCCCCUACACCUGUCAGAUCUGUGGAUAUGGUUCAGCAAGGAGCGAGUAUCUUAAAAAACACACAGCAGCUGUGCACAAAGAAGAAGCUGAAAGAAGGAAUGUAUUGAAGGCUCUUGGUGAUAGCGGAAGCCCAGCAAAUGCAUCCGCAAGCUUAAAACUUUUGCUGAAAAAGAGUUGUGAAUCACAGGAGGCUCAGAGGAUAUCAAAACUGAACUGCCUGUCUGGGAGUUUCAGCAACCAAAAUGGCAGGCUAAUCAAACCAGAGAUAUCCGUUGAAGAGACCUACCACUUUGUGGAUUCCAAAAAGGAAAACAAAAAUAUGGGUAAAGGCUCUCAUUACACAGAGCAAUCCAUGCCGAUAAUGUUACAGGAAUGUGACAACUCUGGAAGUUUGGAUGUUUCGAGUCACACCAGUCCUAAUGGGCUCACUGUUCUGAUGGUUAAGAACAAAAUCUCUCUCCCCCCCAACUGUACAACCAAAGUGAUGGGAUUCAAGAUGGUUGAUGGCAAAAAACAUUUAGUUCUCAAAGUAAUACCAACAACAAAGCAAGAUUUAUCCACUCAAAACCAUUCCUUUAUUGAAGAGUUGGGCUCCUCGACACCAAGUCCUGUGUUGGAGAAAAGAGUCCCAAAUGAGAAUGGGGAAUGCUCUAAUAGCAGGAAUUCAACAUCACAUAGUUUGGCCUUUUCACCAAGAAGUGAAUCUUGCCUCCAGAUGGAUCAAGGUGAUAUCAUGGCAGUAAAAGUUAAGAUUGAGGAAGAAGAAACCUCUGUUAGCAAUCAUGAUUCCCCUGCUCAAGAUGAUGGAGAGCAAACUCCUCAUUUACUAGGUAGGUCUUCAACAUGGGCAGACACCUUAUAUCCCAUUACAAAUGAGUUUGAUCAUUUGGACGACCAAGUUCAGUCGAGGCAAGCCUCCUGCUCAGAAAGAAGUGAGUUUCAUCAUAACUCUGUAACAUUAAACUGUGAUGCAACCUGCCGUAAUGGUUCUCAAAUCAGUUAUACUUCAAACAUGUGUACUGACAUGGUCACUGAUUUAUCGUCACCCUCAAAAGAUGCUGAGGAAAUAUCUGCCAAACGAUUCUUGAAAGAAACCAUUGAAAACUGUGGGGCUUCAAAUGAGUUAUUGAUGAUUGAAACUGGCACAGACAAAUUUAGUGACAACGUAGAAAAUGAUGACCAAUGUUCUCGGAGUACCUCAGAAGAAUCCUAUGUGAUGGGAACGGAGACUCAACAUAAAAAUGACAGGCUAUGUUUUAAAAAGCUUUUGACUACCCCAGCGCCUUCAUCGGAGUCAUCCUCGUACGCCUCAGUUAACACGCACAAUUCCCCAAACCAAGACGUAUUUCAUUUUCAUAAUUAUUCCAAGGAAACGCAUGGCACUUCACCUAACAAUACCCAAAACUGUGACACUAUGUCCGAUCCUUCAGCAGACAAAGAAAGUAUUUGUAAAUCAUCACAGAUUAGUUUAACGUUGGUUGAGUCUCCAGAGCUAUUCACAGAAAGGGGUAAAGACUCCACUCAAGAAAAGGUUUCUGAGAGUGACAUUAAUGAGUGCAUAGCUAGUGUUGACGAUUCUGCCACUGAAGAGGAACAUCCUGAGUCAGUGCUCCAAGACUUUAAUAUCAUCAAAAUUGAGGAAGAGAGCAUUCCUAUAUCAAACAAGCAGUCAGACACACAGAGUAGUUCAAAUUCCUUGGGCACUUUUGUGGAGGAACAUUCAGACGCAAUCAUUACCCAACAACUACAUAGGGAAAGAGUUGGGUCUUCUGGGGCAAGUAAUGAUUUUUUAAAACAAACAAAGACUGCUCUACGAAUUCUUCAACUGCCAGAGGGAAAGCAAUCGGUACUCCUGAGAACUAGUGAGAAUCGUUUUGCUGUUCCGGUGCAGGUCAACGCCCCUCCAGGUUUCAAACUGAUAACCAACUCGGCCAAUCCCCAGAUCAAUGUAUCUUAUAUGAGGCCAGGGUUUGAAAGAUCAGGUAACCCUGCAGGAGGAACCCUUGUUCAAAACGGAAAGAGAGCAGGUACAUCAGAACCAAAGGCAGGAGCUUCUGAAAAAGGGACAACACCAAGUGCUGGAACCACCUCAAAUCACUACCUUAUCAACAGCCCUGGUUUUAAGGGUCCCUUACUCCUCUCAAGCACACCACACAACACGCCUACUGACAAAACGGUGCAGACGGCGCCAACUUGCUACUUGGUACAGAGGUCCGUCCCAUUUGUUCAGACACCCAGUGCUCCUGGUCUCAGACUGGCAAGUACACAGUUCCAAUUGAACUCAAAGCCAGUUCUGGCCAUGCCUGUGAGCCCUUCAGAAAAACCUAGUACGCUGCAGACUGGUCGCCAGGCAUUCUUGCUCCGAUAUAUUUCUCCACCCAAAUCAAACGUACUAUCGAAUAACCAAGACACAAAGAAUGCGAGUCGGUGUAGCCAAACCAGUGAAAGUCCUGGAAACAAAGUAAUAUUUAAACUUGUCACUCCUACCAGUAGCCAUCUUACAAGUUGUGCUGCCACGUCGAGCAGUCAACCUUUGUUUUUGGCUAGCAGACCUCAGACACAGUGUUUUCUAGUGGCGUCAAACAAGACAACUUCCUCUACUGGAGUAAAGAAAUUGAUACCCCUACAAAAUACUGCACACAAAGAUGUCAAUGAAUCUUACAUUUUACCCUCCCGGAUGAAUGUAAUGGCACAAAUGUACGAUGCAGAGAAACCAAUGCUGGCCCCAAGGCCAAUUAGGCCCCCAAGCCAAAGGAAAAGGCGCAGGAAAGCACUAUUUGACGAGCUUCCAACGCCGGUGCAUAAAGUAAAACGACUCUCAAACAAAGCACUGACCGAGAAAGAGACUACAGUAUUAUGGAAACCUAUAGCCAAAGAAGUUGAAAGGACACUACGGCUCGCCCCAUUCAAUUCUCUGCAGCUGAUCAAAUGCCCUCGUAGAUACCAGCCUGUGGUGGUGCUCAAUCAUCCAGAUGGUGACAUUCCCGAAGUGGCCAACAUUAUGAAGAUCGUUAACCGGCACAAAGGCGUUGUUACUAAGGUCUCCCUGUCUCCGAAAACCAUCCAAGCGCUCUCAGAACUCUGCGCUUUACAGAAGAAUUCCUCGACCAAAGGUGCGCCGUCUUACUGGGAGGCCCCAAAACCCCGGCCAAUUCAGAGUUCUGUCCGAGAACGUUUCCUUCUCAAGAUGAAGCUAAGAAGAAAAAGUAAAAAAAAGUACCAGGUUGUAGAUACUCGUUCAGGCUGCAGAGAAGAGCCUGCGGCGUUUGACUGCUGGUUUUGUGGUCGGCUCUUUGACAACCAAGAAGAUUGGAUUGGUCACGGCCAGCGGCACCUCAUGGAGGCCACACGAGACUGGAAUAAACUCUUCUGAAAAGGGUUCCAUCACGUUAAAGAAUGUGAUAUUUGGUUCCCUUUCAAUUAGAAAAAAGUUUAUUUUUUAAAGACUUUCCACAUUUCAUUUGUUCAAUUUCUGUUCCUGUAAAUACAUGUUCUGAAGUAAUUCAUAGUUUAUCUUUUCAUAUGUGCGUUUUCUGGUAAAAUAUGUACUGCAAGCAUGAUUAAUAUCAUGCAAGGACAAGUCAGAUUGAACUGUGAAAAUGGUACACUGUAUUUUGAAGAUUUAAGAGCACUAUCUUAAGGAGAUGGGAUAAUAUCAGUAGAGGUGGUUUAAAUUACUCAGGUAAUUUCAUAUUAAUCUGGCUCGUCACUUUUGCUUAAUUUCUUGCAUAGGUUUAGAGAUUUUUAUGUUCUUUGCUAUCCUAUAUAUGAGGACAGGAAACUAUUUGUAAAGCUUACCCGCUCAAGUUUGUUGGUAAAUACCUUUUUGUUUUACUCUUGUGGUGUAAAAUCUUACGGUCCAAAUUUUGUCCAUUUUGUAUGUUUUUAAUUGAAGGGGAUUUCAUUAUUUUCUAUCUGCAGGCUUAAUUUACUCAUUGUCAACCUGUAGCAACACUCAGAACUAGAAAUUAGAGUAAUGUAAAUCUCAAGUUUUGCAAAUACUGUUUUAUACUCUUGCAUAGAGGAUAAUCCUGUUAAAAUGGCUCUAAGGGAAUUGACCCAUUUUACGCCGUAUGCAGUUUCCAAGCAACUUUAUUUUUUUCAACAGCGCAGAUUUUCAACCUUAAGAUGCCAAAGAUGAUAGAAUGGCUGCAUUCCUUUAGUCGUUUUAGAAUUGGAAUUUUACAGGUUUUAUUCCCCCAGGUGUCAUUAAUAUACAAGACAGAUUGCAACCAACUGUUGUUCAUAAUUGAACAACGCUAACUCCUCCAUUAAUUAAUAGUUUAGUCUGUCAAACGUCAGAAAACAGUGAAAUGUCUUUUUAUAAAGACCACAGAAACAUCAUCUUUUGUUGGUUUGUCAUAUACAGUACAAGGAAAAACAGCAAAUCUUAAUUCAGUGACUAAAACAAGGCAAUGUUUAGGAAUCUUGGAUAAAACUAACUGUAGUCAAAACAUUAGCAAAUUGCCUUUUUCUAUGGAUGGGAUGAUUAUUCCAUUCAAAAGCAAUACGUUAGAGCUAUAGCGCUGAAGCAAUUCAUCGACUCGCUUACUCCCUUCUGCUCUAUGGCUCCAACGCAUUGCUGAGAAUGAUUUAACAUGUGUUAACAUAUUUUCUACCAAGGUAACUGUGUUCUGCAGACAUUUCAGAGCGAAGGUCUUUUGGGAAAGCGAUGGCGUAAAAGUCACUGAAAGGCAGCCAUGCUGGGGAGGCCUGUUAUUCAAAAACCUUUUACUCAACAGGUUUUUAGGGAAUGUGUUACUGCU